CCGUACAAUAUAUAGUGUUUAAAUGUGGCGGUGUGAUCAGAUAGGCAUAUAAGAGAUAACAAGAUAUAAGAGAGCUAGCUUAAAAACCCUUAAUUAAUACAAGGAAAUAACACAUAACAAAAGAAAACAAAAAAAGAAAAGAAAAGGAAAGAUGAAAAGGAAGGGGAAGUGAGCAAAAAAACAGCCCCAUUUGCCAUGUCUAUGUUGACAAAACAAAGGUGGACCCUCCGAUCUCUUAUUUAAGUAAGUAGGCUUUUCUCUUACUAGUAUUUUAUUAAGUUAUAAGCCACUCUUAUCAAAGUCUUGUUUACUCAACAACCUUCGUAUCCCCAUUUCUCUCGAACCAUAUAUAUAGAGAUAUAUAUAUAUAUAUAAAGAGAGAUCAAGUGUUAGAUAUACUUGUAAGUUAAUUAUAUACCUUCUUGUUUGUUAAUACACUAAGCUAUACUAACAAUAUAUACAUCCUCAAAUUAUCACAUACAUAAUAUACUAUCUAGCUAGGUAACUAUACUAUCUCCUUAAUAGUUAAAAUCAUGAGGCCUACUUUGUUGUUGGUAUUUCUUGUGGCCUUACAUCUUCUACUUUGUGGAGCUUAUGGUGCUCGCCUUGGUAAAUUUGCCAUGAAAUCGGCUACUUCUCAACCUACCAACUUGGUGCGUGUCCAUGAGAAUAAUGAAAAUACUAUGAAGAGAUUAGAUGAUGAUCAGAAUAAUAUUAUUGUUGAUAAAAAGGAGAUAUCAACCGAAGUUAAAUGUAAAGACGACGAAGACCAUUGUUCAUCAAAAGGAAAGUAUAGAAAAUUAAUUACCUCAACCACCAUCCCAACUUCCUCUGCUAAACCCAUCCAAGAGAAUUUGGACAAGGAAGGAAAAAAGAUGAGCACCAAAAGGAAUGACAAAGCUCAAACAUUAUCAUCAUCCUCGAUUCAUCAUAAAUAUCCAUCAACGGCGUAUGCUCUUGAUAAGCACAAGGAGAUUGCUCCUCCGGAAUAUGAGAAUGCAAUGGACAUGACUGUAAUGGAUUACUCCCCAGCAAAGAAAAAACCUCCAAUUCACAAUUAAAAAAAAUACAUACAUGUUCUAAUAUCAAAUCAAAGUUCAUUUAUAUUAAUUAUUUUCUCCAAAUUUCAUGGAGAAAUACAAGGAAUAUGCAUGGAAGAAAGGAGAGUUUAAAGCUGGUGGCUAGCUAAGCUAGCAAUAGCAUAUAGUGGAUAGAGCACAAAAAGAACAGCAAUACAGAAAUGCUGCAGUCUUUUUAGGGUUUUAGGAUUAUAGAUAUUGUAUAUAAUUAGCUUAAUUAGUAAUAGCUGAUGAUAUACACAAUAUAGUAUUAUUAUUUCAAUUCAUGCAUUAAAUAGGGUUUUUUUCUGAAGGGAGAGGUAUGAUUAUAUGAUUGAGUCAUAAUUAGUAUUCCCGGAUCUUGCUUAAUUAGGCUUUUCACAACCUAUAUUAUAUACUUGUAAUAAUUGUAUGAUGAUGUAAAAAGUACACGAAAAAGUAUCCAUAAUAAAAGCUGUUUAUAUUUUAAUGUUGAA